AUGUCGAUAAGUGUUGUAAGUUCGUUCCUACAACCUCAAAGAUACAAUGAGAUGGAGAACCAUAAGCUGGUCACUGUUAAAAAUUAAGAUAUUAAUAUUGAAAGGUACGGAUUCCCGCCAGAUCUUGCCCUUUCACCUCGAGAAAGCAUCCAGCUUUACGACACCAUGUGUCAAGUUUGGAAAAGUUGGCCCCGGGCCCAGGAACUGUGCCCAGAGAACUUUACUCAUUUUCACAACAAAUUAGUCAUUAAAAAGUUGGAUGUCAGAAAAUAUGAAGAGAGCUUAAAGGCAGAAUUGGCAAGUUGGACUAAAAAUGGCAACAUAGAACAGGCCAAAAUGGUACUGAAGAAUCUUAGUCCUAAACCAGAUUUUAGUUCAGAAAAUAUGAUUCAAAUGUUCCCACUUCUCGUUGAAAAGCUAAGGAAAAUGGAGAAGUUGCCUGCACUGUUUUUUUUGUUCAAGUUAGGAGGUGUCGAAAGCGCAGCUCAAAGUGCGAGCAAUUUCCUGAAGAUGAAGCAGGAGCUAAAGAGGCCUCCCAAGGCUGAUAAAGAAGCCCAAGAGAUGGCGAACAAACUUCGAAAAGUUAAAAAAUCCAUGGAGAAACAAAAAAUAAUAGAUGAAAAAAGCCAGAAAAAAACCAGAAAUAUGGAUCAAAGCCUAAUCCGUGAAGCCGAGCAUGAUACUCUGCUGAAGAGUCUGGAGAAGAACUUGGCGAUCCCUCAGGACUGCACAUACGCAGAUCAAAAAGCAAUUGACACCGAGACUUUGCGGUUAGUGUUUGACCGAGUCAGAUUUGAAAGGAAAGGUGCGGAACUGAAAGCCCUGGCCCUAAGGGGUAUCGGAUACCAUCACAGUGCCAUGAGCGCCAAAGCAAAACAACUAGUUGAAAUUCUCUUCAGGAAAGGGUUUAUUCGGGUGGUGACAGCUACUGGAACACUUGCUUUAGGAAUCAAUAUGCCUUGUAAAUCUGUGGUUUUUGCUCAGAAUUCAGUCUAUCUGGAUGCUUUAAAUUACAGACAGAUGUCUGGUCGCGCUGGAAGACGAGGUCAAGACCUGAUGGGAGAUGUGUAUUUCUUUGAUAUCCCAUUGCCCAAAGUAGAAAAACUCAUAAAAUCCAACGUUCCUGAGCUGAGAGGACAGUUCCCCCUCAGCAUUACCCUGAUUCUGCGACUCAUGCUGCUGGCUUCUAAGGGAGACGACCCAGAGGACAGCGAGGCCAAGGUGCUAUCAGUGCUAAAGCAUUCAUUGCUGUCCUUCAAACAACCCACAGUAAUGGAGAUGUUAAAACUUUACUUCUUGUUUUCUCUGCAGCUGCUCGUGAAGGAGGGCUAUUUAGAUCAAGAAGGUAAUCCAAUGGGGUUUGCUGGACUUGUAUCCCAUUUGCAUUAUCACGAACCUUCUAAUUUUGUUUUUGUCAGUUUUCUUGUAAGAGGCCUUUUCCAUGAUCUCUGUCAGCCAACUAGGGAAGGCUCUAAACAUUUUUCUCAAGAUGUUAUGGAAAAGUUGGUGUUAGUAUUGGCACAUCUCUUCGGAAGAAGACAUCUUCUACCAAAGUUCCAAGAUGCUAAAUUCAAGUUUUAUCAGUCAAAGGUGUUCCUUGAUGAUCUCCCCAAGGAUUUCAAAAAUGCUUUAUUUGAGCAUAACAUGAAAACCACAAAGGACUUUGCCUCCUUCCUACUAAUCACUUCCAAAUUGGCAGAUAUGAAACAGGAAUACCAACUCCCAUUGUCAAAAAUCAAAUUCACAGGCUCAGAAUGUGAAGACUCCCAACUCGUGUCUCAUCUGAUGAGCUGCAAGGAAGGAAAAGAAGCCAUUUCGCCAUUUGUCUGUCUGUCUGGGAUCUCUAAUGGUGAUUUGCUUCAACCACAAACUCCAAGCCAUGUCUCCCUAUGCUCCAUCACUAUCGAUCGCACUCGGAUUCCUGUGCUAUUGUCAGAGAGCUUUGAUAACCGAGGAAGAAAAAUGCCUCUUAAUGCUUACGCACUUGAUUUCUACAAACAUGGCUCUUUGUUAGGGUUAGUCCAGGAUAACAGGAUGAAUGAGGGAGAGGCUUAUCAGUUGUUGAAAGAUUUUGGACUCACCAUUAAAGCUAUCAGUGUUUCCUUGCGUGAACUGUGUGAAAAUGAAGAUGACAAUGUUGUCUUAGCCUUCGAACAACUGAGUGAAACUUUUUGGGAAAAAUUCAAUAAAGUCUAAAAACAAAAUCUAUGCGAGCCACUCAAAAUACUGCCAUAGGAGUUUU